AUGCCGGCGGCGCGGGGGGCUGCGCGGCGCUGCGCCCUGGCGGGGCCGCUGCUGCCGGUGCCGCCGCCGCCGCCGCUCCUGCUGCUACUGCUGCUGGUGCUGCCGGUGCUGCCGGCCGCGGGGACCGAGGGCAAGGCGCGGAGCUGCGGCGAGGUGCGGCAGGCGUACAGCGCCAAGGGCUUCAGCCUGGCCAGCGUGCCCUACCAGGAGAUCGCAGGGGAACAUUUGAGAAUCUGCCCUCAGGAAUAUACAUGCUGCACCUCAGAAAUGGAGGACAAGCUAAGCCAACAGAGCAAACUGGAGUUUGAAAACUUAGCGGAGGAGACAAGUCACUUUGUACGCACGACUUUCGUAUCCCGGCACAAGAAGUUUGAUGAGUUUUUCCGAGAACUUCUGGAGAAUGCGGAGCGAUCCUUGAACGACAUGUUUGUCCGGACGUACGGCAUGCUGUACAUGCAGAACUCCGAGGUGUUCCAGGACCUCUUUGCGGAGCUGAAGCGCUAUUACACGGGAGGCAACGUCAACCUGGAGGAGAUGCUCAACGACUUCUGGGCUCGGCUGCUGGAGCGGAUGUUCCAGCUUAUAAACCCUCAGUACCAUUUCAGUGAGGACUACCUGGAGUGUGUGAGCAAGUACACGGACCAGCUGAAGCCCUUUGGAGACGUGCCCAGGAAGCUGAAGGUUCAAGUGACUCGAGCGUUCAUUGCUGCCCGCACCUUUGUUCAGGGGCUGACAGUAGGCAGAGAGGUGGCGAACAGAGUAUCCAAGGUCAGUCCCACCCCAGGGUGCAUCCGGGCGUUAAUGAAGAUGUUGUACUGCCCUUACUGCAGAGGACUUCCCACUGUGAAACCUUGCAACAACUAUUGCCUCAAUGUAAUGAAGGGCUGCCUAGCAAAUCAGGCUGAUUUGGAUACUGAGUGGAAUCUGUUCAUAGAUGCUAUGCUUCUGGUAGCGGAGAGAUUAGAGGGACCAUUCAACAUUGAAUCAGUCAUGGAUCCUAUUGAUGUCAAGAUUUCUGAAGCCAUCAUGAACAUGCAAGAGAACAGCAUGCAGGUGUCAGCAAAGGUUUUCCAAGGAUGUGGCCAACCUAAACCAGCACCUGCCCUGAGAUCUUCCCGUUCCGUCCCUGAAAACUUCAAUACCCGGUUUAGACCAUAUAUCCCAGAGGAGAGACCUACAACUGCUGCUGGCACAAGUUUGGAUAGGCUGGUAACAGACAUUAAAGAAAAGCUAAAGCUCUCUAAAAAGUUCUGGUCAACACUGCCCUACACAAUCUGCAAGGAUGAGCGAGUGACAGCGGGUCCGUCCGUCGAGGAGGACUGCUGGAAUGGCCACACCAAGGCGAGAUACUUGCCUGAGAUUAUGAACGAUGGCUUAACCAACCAGAUCAACAAUCCAGAAGUAGAUGUGGACAUCACAAGGCCAGACACCUUCAUUCGACAGCAAAUCAUGGCCUUGCGUGUCAUGACUAACAAACUGAAGAAUGCAUACAAUGGGAAUGAUGUCAACUUCCAGGACACAAGUGACGAAACCAGCGGCUCAGGCAGCGGGAGUGGCUGCACAGAUGACAUCUGCCCCACCGAGUUUGACUUUGUCACCACUGAAGCACCGCCUGUCGACUCGGACAGGAGGGAGGUGGAGGCUUCAGCCACACGGCCUGGCUGCUCACUGCAGACAUUGCUCCUCAUCUUCCUCAGCCUCCUACUGCAGAGACAGUGGAGAUAAUCCUGGAUCUAGUCAGAGAAACUGUGUUUUAGCUACAGAAACAGCCUACUUUCUUCUUUUCUUAUACUCUUGGACAAUGGACCAUGCCACAAACACUUGCAGUUUUCUACAAGAUGGCAGUUAUUGCAACCUGCUUCCCAUUUUAGUUUUCCCAAAGAGUACCAGGUGCCAGACUGAACUGCUUCCUGCUUUUUUCAGAUAUCUCUGAAGACAAUAUCCACUCUUGAGAGAAUUCUUUCUCAAUCCUUUACAGGAGACUUUCUGAGCUUCAUUUCCUUUUAUGCUGCAAAAGGGAAAAAAGAUCUUACAGUAUGUGUUUUUCCCCAGUGAGAAAAAAGACGGGGGAAGAAACCAAGAAAGUUUUCUUUCUGAAUCAAGCCUGACUCAAGGCUGCUGCAUUUCAACAGAAUAUCAACAAAACAAAAAAAAAGACAAGAAAGGAACAAAAAAAAUGCAACUGUUCUUCACUGACAGCCAGGUUUCCUUUAGGAACUUCUGUAGGAUGAUUCAGGUCAUCAGAAUGAUCACUGUUAUAGGGAGGAAGGCUGGAUUUUUUUUUCCCCAACCCAAAAAAAGUAUGUCUCAGCAGUGAAUGUCUUGCACUCCAUCUGCCAACCACAUCAGAUUGGUAUGAAGGUAGAGAAGCUGAAAAAUAAGUUUAUCUUUUAGUAUGGUAGUAGCUCCACUAGCUUCAGAAUGUCAUGUUACAGUUGCUUAGGAUUUGAAUCUUAAUGCCUAGUAAAAAUAUGAGUAGUAGCACGAUUUCACCUAGUUUCUUUUAGGAUUUAUCCAUGUUAUAGAAUUGUCACAGUUUUCCACUUAGCUCACCCCUGUGAGCUCACCAGCCAUGAUGGUAAUGUUAAACAACUCUCUUGACCCCUCACGGGUUCAGACAGAAAAUAAUCUCUUGUGAUGUAAUCUUUUUCCUUUUGUUGCUGUUCUGACAUCGAUUAGAACUUUUUGCUACUAUGUCCAUUACCCUACCAAGACAGCAAUUCUCUAACAGACUAACAGCAACUGGAUCAAUAGCGUGUUUCACACCUAACUACAUCCUUCAUAUCAGUUAAUUUCAGUGUCGCAAGGAUUUCUUCUACAAAAUUUCAGAUCAAGCAAAUAUAUAGUACUGACAUGGAGAUUUCUUUCACUUUUUUAGUCUUAGUAUGAUCAUCUAUUUUUAUAUAUAUAAAUAUAUAUAAAUCACAGAUUUUAACUUCUUAAUUACAAGCUCAGGGUUGACACUUCUUUAUAAGGAAAAAAAAAUGUUUGGUCAACCAACUCUUCUUUUUUUGCUGCUCUGAAAAGUAACCCUUUAAUGACUGGUGAGCAUGAAAAUCAAAGAAGAGAAUUUUUUACAUAUCCAGUUGUCCAUUUCCUAACAAGUUUGCAGGUUGGUGAAGAAAACCUCUCUCAUAUGUGUGUAUUUGGUGGAGGGGGCAGGGGGGAGCAUGUGAGUUUGUAUGAUAGGCCUAGAGAAGGACAUGGAUGUUAAUUGUGAUGGUAAUUGUACUUCAGAUUCUUCAAGGAUACAUUGCUUUAAUAAUCAUUGUCUAAAUGGUUAUGGUCUGGGAUAGAGUUUCCCUAAUUUGCAUCUGGUCAUAAUACCCAAGAUGGAAGCUGUUUAAAUCCUGGACAAAUGUGUGUCAACAAUUAGACAUCAAAAUCUUCCUUCUUUUAUCAACCACAGACAAAGGAUUUUUGGGGCAAUUCUGCGUGGUGUUGAAAUGAUGGUGUUUGCCAUGAAUUUAUUUCCUGAUUCUUACAUUGACUCUGGAAAUGGUGUACACAAAUUGUGGUAACACUGUAAAGCCAGUCAACCACAUUCCAAUUUAGCAGAGCAGGUAGAUCAUAUCCAUUGCAAUCGCUUUUUCUUGUCAAAUUAUAAUUAGCUAUAGAUUUAGGCAUGAAAUUAAAAUAGAAAACCCACAGCACAUUAGAAUAAAGUAUACUUAAGCACUUUUACCAAAAAAAGUAUUUACAAUCUAUUUAUAUAGUAUGUCUAAUAGCAAAAAGCAUAAGUUUUGAGCCACUUGUAUUCAAUUCUUUUUCUUCCCCAUUUGUUUACUUUGAAACAUAAUGAUAGAUAGCAUCAUAGAAUCAUAGAAUCAUGGAAUGGUCUGAGUUGGAAGGGACCUUAAAGAUCAUCUAGUUCCAUCCCCCUCUGCCAGGGGCAGGGAUGCCACUCACCAGAUAAAUUUGCUCAGGGCUCCAUCCAGCCUGGCCCUGAUAGAUGGUCUGUUCUUCUGGGCCCAGAUUAGUAUGUCACUGUCUAAGUGUGCAGAUCACACAGGUCUUACAUGGCCAUAGCAAUGCUUCCCGCUUCUCCAAAUGUUCCCCUGGAGCAGGUCUUCUGAUUGAGCAUUUACUGUGUCCAGGAAGUUUAAGCCAAUUCUCAUAGGCUUUUUCUUUUGCCCUGGUAUAGCAGGUAUCAAGCAGAAGGUCUUUACCUUUAAUUUUUUUCCUGAACUUGCACAUGCAGUUUUCUACAAGGAGAACCCUUUAAAAAUCUCCCCCGGUCCAUCUUUUUCUACCCAUCUCCACAUCCUCUUGCAUCCUCAGCAACUUUGUUUCAGGAGAAGUUGACUUUGAUUUCUCUGGCUGUGUAUUUAUUUGGUGGUAACUUAUUCUAUAUCCAUCUGAUUAUUCUGGAUCUGAAAGCUUAUUGACAGGCAAAAGUGUCCAAGCCCUCUGAUGCAAGUCCUCUGCUGUACUUGCUCCACUCUGCUAGUGAAGGAGCAGAUGGACUCAUCAGGUUUUUGUGUUAACCUUGGCACACAUGUAGGUGAUCUGAUGACUGUUUUCAGCUGGUGCAGCCAAGGUGUGUGUCCAGGGCACUCUCAUCUAUUUGCAGACUUCCAUGGACUUCUGGACAAGGAGUAAGUUGGAUCUUUUCAGACAAGGAGUAAGAAAGAACUAGGGGUUCACUGAAGACGGUCAUCACUGGAGGAGCUUGCCCUGCUCUUCUUGAACUAGAUCUUAUAAACUGCCACUCAAACGACACACCAGCUUAAUCUUUGCCAAAAUGUGAUUCUUGUGGGAGUUCUGCCAGAAACUUUUGUCUUCAAUAUUGUUAUUUCUCCUCUUAUUUUGCUACUAUGCAUGGUGAUAUUUUGUCAGGAGAUGGAGAUGCCUUUGCGUGAAGUUAUUGUGUAUACAUUGCUUUAAUAGUCCCUAAAGGUUGAAUACACUCUUCAUACAUUGCAUUUUUCUGAGAUUAAGAGAGCUAUUAAAUCUACAGAGAAAAUUAAAUUGGGAAUGAAGGAGAGAGAAGAAAAAGCAUUCAUGUUCAUAAACGUGAGAAUCUACAUAAUUUCCAACUAUUCUAUUCGCACAUCCUUUGCAUCCAAUGGCUCUUCUUCUGAGGUAAUUUUUUGGUAUGUCACAAUUUAAAUAUUUCUCUUCUGUUAGCAGCAGAUAAAGUAAGAAAUUAUAAAGAAGACAAUUACAUGUUCAAGGAAAAGGAGCUAAGUCCUAAGGAAAUGUCCUUUGAUUGUGUAAGCCCUCUAUUCUGCGCAAUCCAGAAGUUGUUCAUAUGUAAUGUUCCUUUAAAGUGGAGGCUAAUAAAAAAUUAGAUGCAAUUAAUUACAUAAUCAUUGCUGCAGACCCCUGUGAGGUUUUAUCUUUUCAAUAUUAACUGAGUUGUUUUUGCAUCAUCCCCAAAUUUUUCAUGUUCAUUUUACUGCAGAUUUUUCUACUGAUGAUUCAGUACAUAGCACCGUAAAUGCGGUGCAAACUACCUGGACUUUGGCCAAACUUAGGCAUUUCAAAAAAAGACAAUCAGAAAAAUUGAAAAAAGAGAAUAGAGAUUUCCUGCAAAAGAGGAAGGGGAAAGAAAACUAUGCCUCAGUGUUCUGGUAAGGGUUGAUCUAUCCCAGUUCCCUAAGAGGCAUCAUAGACCACUGUCCAUGGAAAGCUCUGAAAAUCUGAAUUUCAGAUGCACAAAUCAUCCCAAUUCCAUGGGACUUUUAGUAAGAAUGAUCCCCACAGAUAUGUGAACCAGUUUGAGCUGCUUCCAUGCAAAAUGGCUUUACUGUGCAUGUGACUGAGCACUGGCACAGAUUGCUCAGAGAGGCUGUGUAGUCUCCCUCACGGGAGAUAUUCAGGAACCAUCUGGACACAAUCCUGUGCCGUGUGCUCUAGGAUGACCCUGCUUGAGAAGGGAGGCUGGACCAGAUGACCCCCUGUGGUCCCUUCCUGCCUGACCCAUUCUGUGAUUCUGUGAUUCUAUAAGCUGGAGAUGUUCUUGGGAGGUGGACUCUGUGCAGUGUCUCAGCAGGCAGCAGUUGCCUUCAGUUUACUAACUGAUUCUGAAUCAUUAUCAAAUGUAACUCUACUUAUUCACUGAAACUUUUAUUAUUUCAACAUAAAAAAUAAAUUACAGCACUGAUGCAUGUUGUGUUUUUUUGUUUUUAAUUUGUUUCCAAAGAUAACCCAUUAGAACUGAAUACAGAAAAUUUUAGAACAAUUAUGCAGGUUUCUAUAGAUUUCAUUAUGGGUAUUUAGAAGAAAUCCACAUUUCAAAGACCACAAAACUAUGUUUACUAUAUUAACCCACAAAUGUUCAAACCUGCUAGAGGAGAAUGGAUAGAGUUACAGUGGAACAUGUAACAACAGUGGAAUGUUACAUAAAAUUGAAAAAAACAUAAUUUUAAAGGGAAAUUCAGCAGUCAAAGGCUAAGUCUUAGUGUCAGUACUGAGAUUAUGUUGUCAAAACAUAAUAGACUCAGCAAUGCCUACUUUCAAGAAAAAUAGGGCAGGUGAUGCACUGAACAUGGCAAUGUUUUCAUUACAGCUACUCAGAGGGACUGUGAGGAUCACAUUAAUAUGUGUAAUUAUGACCCUUUUUGGAUAAGAUAAUGAUAAAGACCAGAGAACCAUGGUAACAGGGUGUGUGAAGCAUAAAUAUUAUGAUAGUAACAAUUUCCUCCUCUGUUAAACAGUGUAGGAGACGCAAUGGAGAAUGAAAAGCUUUGAUUUUUAAAAUAAAGUUCCAACAUCGGACAAGAGUGAUGGUCUCAAAUUAAUUUAGUCUGAACAUUUUGCAACAGUCCAUCCAAUCCAAAUCUGCAGACCAAUACAAACAACCAAUCACUUGAGGGUAAUUUGCCAAUGUAACAUGAAGUGCUCACUUACAGGAUCUACUUAGUUUUUCUACUAAGCUGAGUAUAUAGUUCAUGAUUCUGAUUGUGCAUCAUAUGUGGUGAUAACCAGACUUGUGCAUUGCACCUGUGUGAAAUUCUGGUGCCAUGACAAAGCAAAUGGGAGCUUUGUCAUUAACAAGGAUUUUGACUGCAAUCGCUGAGAAAAAUUAAGUCCCUUUUUUCCUGGAAGCUGUUCAUAUGUGGUUUAUUUCUGACUCUUAAUAAAACAACAACACUGUCCAUAAAAAAAAACAAUGCUAACACUAUGGGUGUUAGCAUUGUCACCUGCAAGUUUUCAACCUGUACUCCAAAGCAGUUGCAGUCUUUCUGCCUGGUUCUCCCACAGCCAAGGUCUCUGGACUUUCCAGGAGUUCAAGAAAGUCAUGUGUUCAAGAAAGUCAUUUGUGUUUUGUCAUAUGUGCAGCUUAAAGUCUACACAGUUAAAUAAGUUCAAGAAGUUUCAAUAUUUCAGUCAGCUCUUAUUUCACCUUCAUGUAUAAUUAUGUAGCAUUGAUAAUUAACAGUAUAGCACACAUGAAAGGCUUUUGUCUCACACUGAUGACAAAAACCAUCUUCCUUUUCCUCCUUUAUUCUGCCACCAAGAAAUCCAUGUAGCUUAAUACUUAAAGCAGUUGGCAGCAUCUGGUGUGAAGUUUGUUUAUUAAAUUCAGAACAGCUGUAUUACUAAGAGGAGUUGUCUUUUUCCUGAGAGGGAAUAGGGAAAGAGUGUGUCCAUUUAUCAUUAGCAAAAAAGAUGUAAAGAAUGUCAACUAUUUAUCUUAGAUAUAGCGGAGAUCCAUCUGUCAGCAUUUCUGAAGAUGUUUUAAAGUCAAAUUUCCAGGGAAGACAAAUCUACUCCCACUAAAACAUAAAUCAGUAUGAUUUUCUUCCAUGAAAAUAAUGCAGAAUAUGUGGCUUUCAGUUCCAAGCAUUGAGGAAGUUAGAAAGAAAUUUGAUUUCUCCUAAGUGGGAAGCUAGCCAUUUAGACAACUCUCCUGCUCUCAUCUCCUGCAGCUCUUUUGUAACUCUCCAGGGAUCUCCUGAGCCCCCACACAGAUUGUCUGAAGCAGGGAGCCUCCUGGGUAAGCAAGUUGUCCCUGCCAACAAUGGAGUUUGUUUUUCCAAGAUGAAUAGAAGGAGAGCUGAGGAGUGAGUCAGGGCAGAGUGGCUCCAACAGUGAGACCCAGCAGAUAUAUAUGACUGUGGGGGAUUAACAAUAAAAUCAGGUGAGGGACAGCUGGAGCUCCUCACAUCUGUCCAGCUCUUCUUUUCAACCUACUGCCUGUGAAUUUUCAGUGUAGUCUGAUUAUAACUAUCUACUCAUGGACAUAGCAAAGGCAUAAAUAUUGCUUCACAAGUCAGCAGUGCUUUGGUAGUCUGCUGCAAAGUUUUUCUCUCUCUUCUCAUUUUCCUGGUAGACCGUCUAAUUCUGUAUGUUUCAGAGUCUGAGGAAGAGCCUACUACCCAAAACAGUUUUCUAUGUGUGUCUAUAGUCCGGUUUUAAUUUUUAAAAAGUUUUAUUUAGACACAAAAGUUAUUCACAUGUAUCAUAAAAAUUACUCAAUUUCACUAUGCAUCUAGUGAGUUUUCUUCUCCUGCCUGAAAAUGACACUCAGAGAAGGUUUUGGAGAAAGCCCGAACUCCAUUAAUCUUCUAAGUUUCUUAGACGUAGUUCCACUAAAUACCCCAAAUGCCAGGUUACAGGUGGACAGGGCUUCUUCUCAUCCCUCCUCUCCUCACUCCUCACCUCAAAGUAUCAUCCUGGCCUUGAAAACCUUUCAAAAUAAAAAAAAAACCUUUUGCCUUAGUGUUUCCUGAUGAUAAAUAAUUCUAACUAAUGCUUCCUGUGGGCCACAUGUCCUAUCUGUCUUUGAGUCCCCAGUGUUGGCUAUGACAAUUUUCUUCUCCAGGCUGAACUGUCUUUUCUGUCAUUUUUAGCUCACUGGAUUUUCUAUCUCGCUUCACCAGAUUUCUGUGCCUUUGGUAGCAACUACAGCUUCUAUUUUCAAACAGAGGAAGUAGCAACAGGGAGAUUUGGUGCACUUGUUUGGGAGGUUUCUAUUGGGCUUUAACAAACCCCACCCUUAGCUUUUAUUCUCUAUUCUAAACAUGCUUGUUUGGAUAUAUGUUCUGGAUUAUCUGACAUAAAUCCUGCUGACUCUUUUUUCCAUCUAGAAUUAGAGCUUAUAAACUAUAUUUUGGGUUAUUCAUUCAGCUGUGGCAAAAUUCUACUUCUUUCUUAUUACUAUAGCCUGAAAUUUCUGUUUUGUUAUUGUCUGGUAUGCUGAUGAGCCAGCGAGGCCAAUGCCAAAGAACUUGUGGAUUUUCUAUAGCAAGGUAAACUGAAUGGGCAACAACUUCAGGAAACAAUUCAUAUUUCUUCUGUAAUUGAUUCUUUUGAGGUCUGGUGUUGGGUAUUUUUUUUUAUUUUAUUUUAAUAUUGUGGGCUUCAUUUCAUUUAUUUCACACAUCAGCUACAUGUAUAUUACAUUGUACACAUGUAAUGUAACUACAGAUAAAUUUUUCAGUUGUUAGAUCACACAGAAGAUUUUUAAGCAGUUGGUUGACCUUAGGGGUUUUUUUAAGAGCUACAGAGUGAUGAUCAGUCUCAAAAAUUUGCCCAAAUAGUAGUCAGAGGUCUUCAGAUUUCAGCUUCAUGCUAUUAGUUUAGUUUGAGGCUCCAAUAAUAUUUUGUAAAUAAUUUGUGAAUACGUGUGUGUACUUGAGGGGGGAGAAGGGAGCAUCUGCACCUCUGAAAUAUUCCGAUACAUCUUUUCAACUUCUGCCUAAUCUGAACACAAAUGAGGAAUUCACAUUCAGAUGUUCAGGGAAGUCAAACUAAAUAAAUUGAUGGACAUUUAUAGACAGACUCCCCCCAGGUUACUUUUUCUUGCUGAUGAGCAACAUCAUUUAAUUUCCACUAGCAAUUUGGUUACGUUUCUCAAAUUCAAAGAAAGGGUGUUGUUUAAGUAACUCAGAUUUCUUGGUUUGGGUGUCAAUUCAUAUUUAUACUGUUUGUUAAACUUUUAUGACUACAGACAUACAAACAUUGCUUGAAAGCAUGCAAAUUGUUAGCUCUGGUUUUUAUGCUAUAUUUCUAGAUUAGUAUUUAACAUAGCUAAAUGUGAAUUUAUAGGGAUGAUAUAUGAAUGCAAAUCAAGUUUAGAAUAAAAUUAGUUUUAGCAAUGAGGUUGGGUUGAAAAUAUAUCAUUAAACUUUAAACCUGCUUUUCUACUGAUCUGGUUCUAGCAUUUCAGCUUAAUCUGGCACAACAAAAACCCAAAACCAGUUUAUAGCUCAUACCUGAAAUGAAUUAGUAGCUUCAAAUUUGGGAGUUUCCAAUCAAAAUGAAAGUUUGAGAAAAAUCCCAAGUUCUUCAUUCUCCAAGUACUACUUACAAAGAUAGAACAUUUAGCAGCAUAUGGCAGUGUAUGUUUGUAUAUAUAUAGCAGUAUAUCAAGGCAGGGUUUGAACUUUUAAGGGAAAGAUUCUUUAUGGAUUUGUAACUUCAGAGAAGUAUUGUACCACAGAAAUAGAAAUAGAAAAAUAUAUACAAUCAUUUUGAUACAUUUGUGAAAUAGGUCUCACAGAACCUGAUAUUUUUGGUGCAAAAUGCCUUAAAUCACUUUAUGUAGGGCUAACACAAUUGAAUUUAUUUCUGUAUAUAGCCUUUUAUAGUAAACACUUCGGAUGCAACACUAGAAUUUUCUUUCCACUGCAAUGAUAUACAGCCUUAUGAUUACUAACUAUAAAAAAGAGACAAUGAAAGCUCUGCUUUACUAGCUGUGAAUCUGUCCACUUGUAGACUGAGAGCUUGGAAGCAAGAAGUGGUGACAGUGCCAAGAGCACCAAGACCUUCCUGGUGGGCAAUGCCUACCUUCUCUCAGUCCUUUGCAACUGACUCUUUUACCUCUCAUGCCAUCUGUCUUCAUGAAAAUCAGCUGUGACUUAGGGCCUCAGAUCAUCCCACCAAGCACUUCAGGGAGCACACUGUGUUUGUAGAUCUCUAGU